CAUGCGUCUUUCCUGUCAAAUCAUAUAUUUUUCCUGAUUUUCCCUUCUACUAUAAAUAUAGUAAGCGCAGUUUAUAUAAAAUCCAAGAAUGGAUUCCAGUAGACAGUUGCAAUGUGAAGAAUUGUCUUUACUUAUUGCAAUGUUUGUUGAUAAUGAAUUUCAGUGGAUAGGAGAUGAAAAUCAAAUUGAAAGUUGGAAAUCAAUUAUAGAUAAUUUUAAUUUAAACCAAACAACAAUACGAAAUCUCGAAGAAAUUCCUCAAUUUCGGUUUCGAUUAUCUUUGGAUAUAAAUAACAGUUGGCUUAAUGUAUUUUUACCUUUAAGAUAUCCUAAAGUACAACCAGAAUGUUAUUUUUCAUCAGACAAUGUCAACAAACAAACGUGGACUGAAAUUAAUUUUGAAAUUGAAAUGAAAGUCAAGGAAUUAAAUGCUAAUGAUGAAUGCUGUAUCUUUGAACUUUAUCAACAUACGAAAUCAUAUUUGACUGAAAAGUUUUCGCAGUAUACGUUAUCCGACUACGAUGACAAUAAAAAUGAAAAAGAAAAAGCAUCUCUACAACUUUCGCGAAUAUUAAUAUGGACACAUCAUUUAUUAUCUUUGGAAAAACGGAAGAAUAUUUGUCAAUGGGCUGAAGAAUUAGGAUUAUGGGGAUUUUCGAAACCUGGAUAUCCUGGAAUUAUUAUUGUUGAAGGAUUAAAUGAUAGAGUGCAUGAAUAUAUAUCAAGGCUUAAGAGUUUGAGAUGGCAGGCAAUUACUGUUCGUUCAGAACAAACCGAACCACUUGAUCUAAAAGAACAACAUUAUGGAGAACGAGUCAAACUAAGAUUGGGAAGAAGCAAUCCUGGAGUUACCGAAUUGGAAACUAUGUCAGAAAUUUCUUCAAAAAUGAAAAAAGCUGAUUUAGAAGAAAUGUUUAUGUCUGCGAUGAAAAUCAAUAAAAAAUAACUCAUUCUAGAUUAGAAUAUAUUUUAUAUUUAAUAAUUCGAAGGUUUUCACAUACCUGGUAAUUUACCUCAAAUUUUCCACCUCCCCGGCCAGAAGUAUAAAUUCGGCCAGCAUUAAGAAAUUACGAGAUAAGCCCACAUAGUUCAAGAAAUUAAUCCAUCAAAAAUAAUUAGAUACAGAUAAUUCAGAUGAUCAGAUCAAUCUGAAUUAAUUGGAUUAUAGAUCAAACCUUUAUAAAAGAAGCUUUUGCAUCCUAUAUUAUUGGAACUUGAAACUUAGUCAAUUAAUUAUUAACAAUGCAAGUAAAUUAUUAGGGUUAUAACAUAUAUAAUAUUUUUAUUAGGCAUAUACUUCCAUGUAAAAUAUAAUGCAACCAAUUAAAUCACCAUGAC